UGAACCGGAUUCUGCUUCAGGCGAACACCAUCUCGUCUUUUUUUCCUCUACUCACGUGCCUUGCCUCUGUAACCACACCCUGCGCUGGUUACACCUGAUUUCUCAGGUAGCCGUCACCGAGAGAGUCUCGAGCGAUCCCGGACUUCCUCGUUCAUGGACGUCACGCGCUGCAGCAGCUGAGCGCUCUGAGGUGAAACUCACGACAAACAGCGACUUCAUAGAGUCCAUAAACAAAGCAAGAUGAAUGAAAAGAGAGUUAAGGAACCUGAGGAAGUUGUAGUGGCCGUGAUGCCAAAACAAGAUCUGAGCUGGAUUCCAAAUUUAUUGAAGAAGAGAGUGUGCACGACAUUUGUGGAGGACUCUUUCAGCAAUGGUGGUCGGUGUCAGUGUGGGGCCACGCGGGACUCCCAUCCUUCAGUGGCCUUGGGCGAUAACUUCAGCACGGCAAUCGUCAGUCACUGGGACAGCAUACAGCACUCCUCCGAGCAGCCCACAGAUGCCUAUGGAGAGCUGGAGUUUGCCGGGUCCGGCAAAAGACACAGCUAUUUCUUGCGUCUCUCCAGCACCACAGUUCCUUCUGUGGUCUUUGAUAUCAUGAGACAAUACUGGAAACUGGGGCAGCCCAACCUGGUGGUGUCAGUGGUUGGCGGUGAAGGAAGGUCAAAGGUCAAGAGCUGGGUGCGAGAGGUCUUGAGGCAGGGGCUGGUUAAAGCAGCACAGAGUACAGGAGCGUGGAUCAUAACCUCAGGGCUGAAGGAAGGCAUCGGCAAGUGUGUAGGAGAGGCAGUAAGAGAUCACGCCACUGCAGUGUCUUCUGUCAGUUUAAAUAAAGUGGUUCCUAUUGGCAUUGCUCCUUGGGGAAUGGUACAUAAUCGCCAGCAGCUCGUUGACCCUGAGGGAAGUUUCCCUGCUAAGUAUUUUGUCCAAAGCACUUCACGUGGCACUUACUCUCUGGAUAAUAACUACAAGGCUUUCCUUCUGGUGGACGAUGGGACCGAAGGACGUAAAGGUGGGGAGUUCGGAUUCAGAGGCCGUCUGGAGGAUUACAUUUCACGUCAGCGCCCAGCAGGCAGUGCAAGCAUUGACAUUCCUGUUCUGAAUAUGCUGAUAUCUGGAGAAGUUUCCAUGGUGGAGGCAUUAGAAAUCUCUCUGAAGAAUUCAAUGCCCUGGUUGGUCCUGGCUGAUUCAGGUGGGCUUGCUAAUCUUGUGAGCGACAUUGUGGAGAAUGUGCAGUCUGAUCCGAUGUGUGCGUUUGGAGUAGCAGAGAAGGAGGAAGGGUCUCCCAACAUGGAGCUUAGAGAACGCAUAACCACGAAAGUAAAGAAACACUUUCCUUCAGAGCAAGACAUGGACAAGCUUGUUGAUAAGGUUCUAAGCAUCUACCAGAAGAAAGACCUCAUCUCCAUUUAUCACGCAGAAGGAACGGAUGAUUUUGACACUGUGAUGCUUAAAGUGCUUGUUCAAGCGAGUAAACAUCGGGUUUCGGUGACUACUAACCCCUAUGUGGAUGAGUUGAAGCUGGCUGUAACCUGGAACAGGGUGGACAUUGCCAAGAGUGAACUGUUCAGUGGAAACAUUGACUGGAAGUAUGAAGAUCUUGAAGAAUCCAUGACUGAUGCCCUGGAGAACAAUAAACCCCAAUUUGUGCGUCUCUUCAUUGACAACGGUCUAAACAUUUUGAACUACCUGACUUACGGCCGACUGGAGGGUCUUUAUGACUCCAUCUCUAAGACCUCUCAGGCCGGCGUGCUGCUGCAGCAUCUCCUGGAAGAGCGCAUUAACGAGUCCAAUGAUAAGACAUGCCGUGUCAGCAUUUAUGAGGUGAGUCUGUUACUGGAGUAUCUUUUGGGAGAGGUGUGCCAGCCCUUCUAUAGGUCUUUGUUCAAAGUGGAUGCAGCAUCUACCAGAAGAAAAGCUUUGAAGAGGGUUUGCAAGGCCCUAAAGGAGGAGUACUCGUAUCAGCAAAGCAUGUGCAGGCACCCGUGGUUAUGUCUCUUCCUCUGGGCGGUGCUGCAGAACCGUGGUGAAAUGGCGAUCUUAUGCUGGGAAAUGUGUGGUGAGUCUGUUCUGACGGCUCUGGGAGGAUGCAAAAUACUGAGGGAGCUGUCUAAACUGGAGACUGAGACAGACGCUAAGCUCCCCAUGAAGGAGUUGGCCACAAAGUUUGAGUUUAUGGCUCAUGAUGUGUUCGGCACUUGCUACCAAACCAAAGCAAGUUAUUCCUACAAGCUACUGAUCCGCAAAUCAAAUCUGUGGGGUGAUGCCACCUGUCUGAAGAUGGCCAUGGCUGCUGAUGCCCGUUAUUUCUUCAGCCACGAUGGAGUACAGUCCCUGCUGUCUCAGAUCUGGUGGGGUGACAUGGAAAGAGGAACAGAGCUCUGGAAACUCGCGCUAACGAUGAUCAUUCCUCCUCUCGUCUACACAAACCUCAUCAAGUUCAAAAAAGAAGAGAAUGCAGAAGAAGUUAAAUCAGUGAUGGCACCUCCACCUUCAGCAACAGACUGUAAUUACGGAGAGACUGUUUUCUCCUUCGCUGACAUCAAACACCACAGUGAAGGCGAUCACGAGGACUCAAAUAACAUCAGGCGUCCAACAAAAGCAGGUACUGCUACAAGUUUCCGAUCCAAGAAGAUCCCAUUUUGGGUUUCCCGGUGGAAGCAGUUCUGGUACGCCCCUGUCACUUCAUUCAUUGGCAACGUUGUGACGUACUUCCUCUUCCUGUUUCUGUACGCCUACGUGCUAUUGGUCGACUUCAAGCAGCCUCCGCCUGAAGGCCCUGCUGCUUCUGAGUAUGUGCUGUAUUUCUGGGUGUUCACGAUCGUCUGCGAGGAGAUUCGAGAGACAUUCAUUGUGGGGAAUAAGAAGUUUUGUCAGAGGUUGAUGCUGUAUAUUCAGGAUGUUUGGAAUAAGUUUGAUGUUCUUGCCAUUUCCCUCUUUAUUGCUGGAUUGUGCUGCAGGAUGUUCCGUUUUUCAUUCAACAUGGGACGCGGUAUACUGUGUAUGGACUACAUGGUCUUCACGCUCCGACUCAUCCAUAUUUUUGCCAUUCACAGACAGCUGGGUCCCAAAAUCAUCAUACUUGGCAAAAUGAUAAAGGAUGCAUUCUUCUUCUUAUUCUUCCUGGCGGUGUGGCUGAGUGCGUAUGGAGUGGCCAAUCAAGCUCUAUUGUACCAAUACGACCCAAGCCCUGACAGAGCAUUUCGAAGAGUCUUGUACAGACCAUAUUUGCAUAUAUUUGGACAGAUUCCUGUGGAAGAAAUAGACACUGGAAAGAAUUGGGAUAGAGACUGCACAGAUAAUCUGACACUGAUUAAUGAAGGGAAAGAGCCAUGUAGAGACACCAGCCACAACUGGCUUGUGGUCAUUUUGCUGGUCGUAUUCCUGCUAGUCACCAACAUCCUUCUAGUCAACCUGCUCAUCGCUACAUUCAGCUACACCUUCUCUAAGGUUCAGGAGCGCAGCGACACAUACUGGAAGUUUCAGCGGUAUAAUCUGAUAGUGGAGUAUCAUUCCCGUCCAACACUCGCUCCACCGUUCAUCAUCCUAUCCCACAUCAACCUCUUAAUCAAAAGAAACUUACGCAAAGUUCCAUCCACCAAAAUCCACCGAUUUGCACUGCAGUUAAAGGGUAAAGAUGCUAACAAGCUGGUGAAAUGGGAGACCUUCCAGAAGGAGAAUUUUCUGACUAUCGAGAGCAAAAAACAAAGAGGGACUGACUCUGAGAGGCUAAAGCGCAUGACUGCUAAAGUGGAUGGUAUCAUUAAACAGGUUGGUGAGAUCAGAGAUGUUGACCGCAGACUGCGAGCACUAGAAUCCGAUAUGGAGUUCUGUACGUCUUCUCUUCAGUGGAUUAUGGAAGCUCUGUCUCAGAGCAGUACAGUGAAGAGCCCUAAAUCACACCCGACUCGCAAAGCUGUCAUUUCAGCCUCCAUCGAGAAAUGAAAAAUGAAAAAAAAAAAAAAAAAAAUUCUACUUUCCUGUAUUCGUCUUCAUAUCUCACUUUCACGGACACAAGAACCAAGACGCUGCAGAGAGCUAGUGAAACCUGUCAGAAAACUCUCCGUAUUGUUCUGGUUUCCAUUUUUAAACUGUUCAUCCUGGUCUUUUCUUGGUUCAUCCUGCUCUUACAAGUUUAGUGCUCCCAAAUGACCUGUCCUGGUUUUCCAUGUGAUCAUGGGAAGAGAACAGGGCACAGACUGUCCUUGAACUCACUGUACACUAGAAGGUCAAUUAUGUCAUGUUACAUUCAUAGAUUACUUUUAUCGUUAGGUUUCAUUAUAAGGUCAGGGUAACCGUUUUCUUAGGAUCUGAUUUCAUACAUUUACUCAUGCUCAAGUUGAAUGAAUUUCUUCUGCUGAACAUAAAAGAAGAAAUUUUGAAGAUUAUUGACAAACGAACAGUUGCUGGUCCACAGAGAGUUCCAUAGCAUGAAAAAAAUACUACUGAAGUCAAUGGGGACCAGCAACUGGUGAGUUAAUGAUUUUUGGUGGACUAUCCCUUUAAAAGCUGCAGUGGGAACCAAUAUAGCAUAUUGUAACUUAUACUUUGUAUUUCAUUUUUUUGUAUUUGUAUUGUAUUUUUUAGCUAAAAACCUAUGACCAACUCCCAUUUAUUGUUUAUAUAGUUUGGCACUUAUCUUGACACACGUGUUGCAGAACAUGUAAUAAGUCUAAUGUUCAAUAGGGAUGUUUUAAUGUUUUUAUUAUUUGACAAACCACACAAACAAAAAAUCUAUAAUUGAAUGCUUUUUGCACUGAAAUAUUGAACUGGAAUACUGCAAUUAUUGUUUACAUUUUAAAUAUAGAAAAACAUUUUAAGAUUCAAGAUUCAUACUUUAAUUAAUUGCAUUCUGUAACUAUGUUCUUAGAUUUUGUUUGAGACUUUUUUUUAUUCUGUAUUUGGAUAUUUAUAUGUUUGAUUUUGUGAUGACUAUUUUCAAGGUGAAAAGUUCUUCAAUGUCUUAUUUGUAAUAUUUUAUUAUUAUCAUUUUUUAUAUCACACUUUAAAAAUACAUUUUGAAACCAUAACAUCUGAUGCAACUAUUUAAAGGAUUGUACUGUUUUGGCAGCAUCAGCAGAACAGAAUCAGCAGAGAGGGAGGAGAUAAAUAGACUCCGUGGCCAAGUUUGCAUCUCAGAUUUCAGGGCAACAAAGAUCCUUCACCAUGUUCUUUCUUCCACAACUCUCACCCCUCCAAAACUAGAGAUCCCUAUGGAUCUAGUCUUUCUGGACUUGUGCACCCCACUAAUUUCCUGUGUUAAUGUAUUAUACAUUGGAACAGGAUGUUUGGGUUGGACAGUUUGUCCCUUAAAAAAUGGCAAUAGGUUUUACUUAUGUGACAGCCAAGAAUUAUGAUUUAGUGAUGAGAGGAACAGAGCAAUGCAGACUCUUUUGGAAAUGUUCUUCUUGAAAAUGUAAUCUAUCAAAUCUUUUCAACUCUUAAGUAUCUGUAUAAAAUAUGUAUCCUUUUGUUAAUUUGCAUGACUUGUUUUGUUGCUCAUCAGGCCAAUAAGACAAAAUUAUCUGUC